AUGUUGAUGAAUUUUUUUCUUUUAUUGAGAGGGGAUCAUCCUAUAAAGACAGACGAUUUGAGCAGAACUUACGCUAUAGAUUACUCAAAAGUCAACGUUGUUGGUCGUUGUGAAGAUUUUUUGCCAUCCAAGAAAUUGAGUGAAUUAGAAGUUAACAAUAUUUACGUAAUCAGUGAUGUAAAGUCUGUUAAAGCGAAAUAUGGAAACACUAUCAUUGUAUCAAUUGACAAUGAGUUCUCU